AUGGAAGGAAAUACUAUUACAACCAAAAGUAUUUACUUCAAUUUCCCUAAAAAUAUUUAUACAAAGAAAUCACAAUGGGAGAAACCAAAUGAACUGAAGACUGAGAAGGAGUUGAUAAUAGAAGCGAAAACUAAGUGGCGGACUUUUGCAACUGCCGAGGGGAAAGUAUUUUACUACAACAGUGAGACUAAAGAGAGUGUUUGGGAGGUACCAGAGGAGGUUAAGAAUCUGCUGGGAGAGGAUAAUCUACUUGACACAGUUCAGGAUAAUACCAAGGCCGCAUUCCUAACCUUCCUCGAAGGCUUUAAUUUCACUCAAAAAACCACCUGGGAAAAUGCCCUCAAACUAUUAGAAGCCGAUCCAAAAUGGCCUGUAUUUUCAAUAUUAUCAAAAGGAGAUAAGAAGCAGUUGUUUUCUGAGUUUUGUAGUCAGAUUCACCGCCGAAAACAGGAGGAGCAGAGGAAGAAGAAGGGGAUGCUAGAGGAGGUAAUGACUCGUGAGUUGUUGGCAUGGGAUGAGUUGUCCUACUCUACAGUGUAUGCAGACAUCGCAAAACACUUUCACACCGCUGAGUGGUGGGACUGGGGUGACGAGUUGACCAGGGACUCUAUAUUCCAGGAGUUUAUGGAGAGGGAGGAAGUUAGGCUAAAGAAGAAACGGAAGGAGUCCAAAAUCGCAGCAAUGGAUACUUUAAUUGAUCUAAUGACUAAAGACUAUUCCCAGGAGCUUACGCCCUGGGAAACCGCUAAGACCAAGUAUCUCGGCUUCCAAGGGCUUUACAACAUCGAUGUACUUAACUCUCACAAAUACGUCUUCAAGGAAGUUUUCGUCGAAAAAUUCAAGGAAGCUCAGAGGACUUCCUUUAGACUACAAAGGAAAAUUAGGCAAAGAUUUUUAACUUUUUUACAGAUGAUGGUUGAGAAGGGAGAGAUAAAUGAGAAUACCAAGUUUUCGGAUUUUAUUUCUAAUCAUUCUACCGAAGCUGUCUAUGUCGAUCUAGUUGGUCAGCCAGGAUCAACACCAAUUGAUUUAUUCACUGAAAUUCAACAAUCUUUGGUAUAG